GUGUGUGUGUGUGCAUUUUACAUCCAAUACUGUAAUGCUGUAAAGUCCAAUUAAACAAAAUUCUCAAAAAAUACAUCCUGCUUAUUUUUUAAAUGGAUGUGAUUAUAUUAGGUGAGACUGCUUAACAUAUAUUCAAUAUUUCAUCAAUAAGAAAGAAGAUCCGCCUCAGGAAAUUGCAGCUCAGUCUGUUAUCAGAUUGAGGUCUAAAGCACAUAGCUUUACUUGUUGAGCAGCUUUUGAACUAGUGAGACAUGGCUAUGACAUACCUCAACAACAUGACAAACUCCAACAACAUGACAAACUCCAACAACAUGACAAACUCAAACAUGACAACCUCCAACAAUAACAAUGAAUUUGACGAUUACUAUAGUUUACUCACAGAAGAUAAUGACUACCAGGCCUGCAACAACAACAAUGUAAAGGAGUUUAGCCGAGUCUUCCUACCUACCCUGUACAGCAUCGUCUUCAUUGUAGGAUUCAUUGGCAACAGCUUGGUUCUGUGUGUCCUGGUCAAGUACCACAAAAGGUUAAGUGUGACAGAUGUGUCCCUCUUUAACCUGGCUCUUUCAGACCUCCUCUUCCUUUUCUCAUUGCCUUUCUGGGCUCACUUCUCUGCCAAAUCUGAUUGGAUCUUUGGAAACUUCAUGUGCCAUGCAAUGACAGCACUCUACAUGCUGGGAUUCUAUGGAAGUAUCUUCUUCAUGAUUCUCAUGACUGCAGACCGCUAUGCUGUCAUCGUCCACGCCCAUACUUCACUCUUCUCCAAGCACCGGUCUGUCAAGGCUGGAAUAGCACUGGGUUUGUUUAUGUGGACACUGAGCUUGGGAGCCUCUCUACCAAACAUAAUUUUCUCCCAUGUGAAGCAUAAUUCGAAUGUAUCACAUUGCAAGGUGGAAUAUCCACAAGGAACAGCUUGGUUGCCUUUCUCAUACAUUAAGCUGAACAUCCUUGGCUUAGUUAUUCCUCUCUCAGUAAUGAUGUUCUGCUACUCACGUAUCAUUCCCAUCUUAAUGGUCAUGAAGUCUCAGAAGAAACACAAAGCUGUUAGGCUCAUCCUGGUCUUGAUUAUUGUUUUCUUCCUCUUCUGGACGCCCUACAACAUCGUCAUCUUCCUGAAGUUCCUGCAUCACUUGGGUUACAUGCAAAGCUGUGAGUGGGAAAAGGAUCUGAGCAUGGCUAUGCAAUGGGUGGAAACCAUAGCGUUCAGUCACUGCUGCCUCAACCCCAUAAUCUAUGCCUUUGUGGGGCAGAAAUUCAGGAAUUUGGUCCUCAAAUCUCUGAAAGAGUGGUUUCCUGUUUGCUUUGGUCGCUGCACAAUCAUCGUCAGUGAGUUCUCAGAGAGGAGGAGCUCUAUGUAUUCUCGCUCAUCAGAGAUAUCCACUACAAAGAUUGCCUAGCCACAGAAUGCUGCUGGAAACAGGGGGCUUAUCAGAGGAAAUCAAAAUGUUGCAGGUUUGCUCAGUAAAGCAGAACAUUACUGGUGCAGCGCUUUUGAUUUUUCUAAAAGUAUGUCAGUGCUUUUAUUUGGUUUCUCUUUUUUUCUGUGUGGUACUUUAAAAUGGUUUACUAUAUUUUAAGGAUA